GGGUGGAGAUAGUAACAGCCUGCUGUCUAACACUGAAAGCCCUGCGACUAGCAAGCACACUGUUGCUUCCAGUACUGUCAUUAUUCACAACAACAGCACAUAAUUUGGAUCUGUAACAUUCCAACAUGUGUAGAGGACUUGCAACCCUUCCUGCAACAUGCUUAAAAAGUGCCAAAGACAUCAAACAUAAAAUAAGCUUCUUACUCCAGAAGCCUGAGCCCCAGGCAACAGAUCAGAAGCAGAUAAAAGAGAAGGCUGAUGCUGUGGCUGCUGCUGCUGCUUCUGCUUCUGCAAAGAUGCCUACUCAAGCUGAGGUGGAAAAAUGGAAGGAGUCUUUCAGCUAUGUGAUGAGCAGUCAAAAGGGUCGUAAGGUCUUUGGUCAAUUCCUUAAGUCAGAGUUCAGCGAGGAGAACUUAGACUUCUGGGUCGCCUGUGAAGACUACAAGAAGUCCACACCAUCCGAGAUGGCAACCAAAGCCAAAAAGCUCUACCAGCAACAUGUGGAGACAGAUGCUCCUAAUGAGGUCAACUUGGAUGCAGCAACCAGAGAAGAAACGAGGCAGAAUGUCCAGAAUGCCUGCCCGUCUUGUUUCAAUGUGGCUCAGAAGACGAUCUACACCUUAAUGGAGAAAGACUCCUACAGGCGCUUCCUCAAAUCCAAACUAAUCCAGAAUCUGUCUCUGACACAGUCCACUGACGCUGAUGAGAAGAAGAAAAACUGUAAUUAUGCCCAGACCAAGCAGACAUUAACUGGUGGUGCCUAAAGAGCCAGUCAACAUGGAAGACUAGAGGAAGGUGCCGAAGACUGAAAAUGUAGAAUAUAAUUAUAGAAUAGAGAAACCAGUGGUUUAGAAGGUGACUUUAAGGUUAAUGUGACAUGUGGUCAAGAGUUAAUUUCUUUUUCAAUACUUUUAUGUGUUGUUAAUUCCUGGGUGUCUUUGGUAGUGGCCUAUGUUUGAAGUGGCUUCUGUAUGUUCAUUGGUGCAUAUACCCAAAUAUGAUUUUAUUUGUUUCCCAUUUCUGCAUUCACCAUGAGCUAUCAUGUAUUGUCCAAAUCAAAAUUGUUGCUGACUGAUCAAAUAUGUAAUAUUUUAACGUAAAAUAUAAAUACAGAGACUGUUUAAAUGUUUGCUUCUGGUUUCACAAAUCAAAACACAACCUGUUCUCCAACUCAUGGCUAAGAUAUAUUGAUACUGACAACAAAAAACUAUAUUAAGACAUCUCCACCCAACAGACACACCUUCAAACAACCCCAGUGUCUGUGGAACCUGUUGUCACUGUAAUGUAUCUUUUCUUUAUAAGAAUGACCCAACGUAGUCGUAAUUGAUGAGAACACAGACACCAAAAUCAUAAACUAGGUAAGAUAAGCAUUGUAAAAGUAAGGAUGACUGUAACCUAUCAGUGUUUACAAAUACCUGUGUGUAAUUAUGAUGACGAUAAGUAACCCAGCACAAAUGAAGUGGGCAUGUUUAGUUUUUGGAACUAACUUACAUUAAAUGGACUGUCAUGUAAUCGUGUGCUGUGUAGUGACGUUUGGCUGCAGUUCGUUAGACAAUGAAUAAAAAAAAAAUAUACAAUGUAAUGUUACUUAUCAAUUAGUUUUACAUUCCCAGUUUUCUUCUUGCUACCAUCACACAUUCGUACAGCAGCAGAUGGAUGAUAUUAAUGUCCAUGUUCUCAUCACCUUAAAGUAUAUACGUUAUUGAUCAAACCCUGCUGUGUUUCUUAAAGUGUAACCAUAGUAACAACUAGUUGUGCUGUACAAACAUCUUGAAACGAUCCCUGCACUGUGCAGAUGUUGGCUUUGUCUAUUUCUAGUUGGAAUUUUAAGCACGCUUUAAUGUUGUAGUAUUGAUUUCUGCUGCAUUUCUAUAGUUACUGAGCAGUAGGAGACAAGGUCAAACUGUGACUCAGUGGAUCCAUUUCUAAAAGCUCCUCUGUUAGUCAAACUGCUUUGGUCAAAUCUUUAUGACUGUAAUUUGUGCAGGGUACUUAAUUAAAUGUUCAUUGUAAUUGAAUAUAUUUUGGUGGUCUUGAAUAUGAAAAUGUUUCAUCAAAAUGUAAACUGUGAUUAACAGAAAACUCAAUACUAUGUGAAGAUAUUUAUUAAAUUAUGCUGUUGUCCUAUU